AUGGCCGUGGGCACGGUAGCAAUUCCUGUUUGGUUAGGGAUGUUGAUAAUAGGCAAUUAUGGAUCACAAAUAAUGGCUGGCCAAGUUUACUCUCAAGACUACAGCGAGGACUGCGACAACUUUCAUGCUGAGAGCUCAGGUUACCUGUGCGAAGGAUUUGCUAAAGAAUGCAAUACAUUUGCUCUCUAUAGAGCUCAGGAGCCUUACACGUCUCUCGACAGUGUUGGCACCCUUUUCAACACUGACGCCGCCACCAUCGCCUCUGCAAGCAAUUUUGACAUGACCAUCGACAAGGUUGGCAGACUUUUCAACACUGAUCCCGCCAUGAUUGCCAAUGCAAGCAAUUUAACCUACAUCCAUUCCUCCAAGUUUCUGAAGGAAAACCAACCUCUCCUCAUUCCCAUCCACUGCCAAUGCGCCACAAAUUACUCGCAGGCCAAUCUGAACUACACAGUUCAGAGAGAUGAUACGUACUUGAAAAUCGCGAACCAGACACUGGAGGGACUCACCACAUGCCAGGCCAUGAGAGAACAAAAUCCUAACAUCGGUGACAAUGACAUGGAAACCGGAAUGAAACUGAUGGCACCCCUGCGCUGUGCGUGCCCCACGCGCCAACAGCUGGAACAAGGUGUCAAAUAUCUGCUCAGUUAUAUCGCGGAUGUUGAGGACGAUGACCAAGUAAUCGCCUCCAAGUUCAAUAUCCGCCACCAAGACCUCAUAUCCGCCAAUGGGUUAGAGGAGAACAAUCCCACAAUUUAUCCCUACACCACUCUGCUAAUUCCUCUAAACCACACACCUACCAUCCCUCCCGAGGGGCCUUUCGCUCCUCCGCCUCCCCUCGUGCCUUCCUCUCCUCCUCAACCCGACUCAAAUUCUCGCCUUUUUGUCGUCCUCAUUUCUUUCGCGAUAGAAGAAUAA